AUGGGCGAUGGCGAGGUCAAUCUCCCCGGCGAUCUCUUCUCCUCCAAGCCCUCCGAUUCCAAAGGUAUUGAGAGGGAAAUUGGAGCAUUACAAUUGGAAGAAAAGAAGCUUCUUACUGAGAUAAAGAGAACUGCUAAGACGGGAAACGAGGCUGCAACUAAAAUUCUUGCUCGGCAGUUGGUAAGGCUUACGCAGCAGAUUGCUAACCUUCAAGGUAGUUUAGCUCAGAUGAGAGGCAUAGCAACUCACACACAGGUUUUCGAUGGAUAUGUCGAAAGACUGGAUGGAUACACCAUGUCAUUAGAAAGAAUAUCAAGUUAUAGACGGUGGUUUAAUCAUGAGGAAUCACUUUUUGCUAUGGAUAUUGAUAUUGACAUAGGCGGUGCACAUAACUGCAAUGAUAACAUUGAUGAGUUAUUACGUGGUAGAUUUUGA